AGAUGGAUCGGGCGUAUUUGACAAGGAUGUCACGGAUUCGCGUGAUAUUCCAGGUAUGGUCCAGAUCAAAGGACCGAAUGUUUUCAAGGAGUACUGGCAGCGACCAGAUGCCACUGCCAAGGAGUUUACAGAAGACGGAUGGUAAGGGUUAUCGGCAGGAUGCCACUUUUUACGUCAAACAGAGAAACUUUUUCUGUAUGUAACAAUUGUGAUUACUUUUAUACAGGUUUAUAACGGGCGAUUAUGGUAUGCGAACAACUCAACAAGGCUACUUCCGAAUCCUUGGUAGAGCUAGCGUCGAUAUUAUCAAGACCGGUGGCGAAAAAGUAUCUGCUUUGGAAAUCGAGCGUGAGCUCCUUUCAGCAUCACUUGGCGUUUACGAUGUAGCAGUAGUAGGCAUACCAGAUCCAGAGUGGGGUCAACGCGUCGCAGCAGUUGUUGUGCUUGAUGAGGGCAAGUCUUUGGGUCUCGCAGCAAUGCGUAAGGUGAUGAAAACUCGGGUAGCCGUGUACAAAGUGCCGCAACUGUUAGAGGUGGUACCGGAACUGCCAAAGAAUGCUAUGGGCAAGGUCACCAAGAAGGAGCUUCUCAAAUUCUUUGAUAACUAAUAGACUGCCACACAUUUAUCCCCCGUCUUCCUUCAAUUGUAUCCGUAAUAAAAUAAAAGAAAGGGCGUUUUGCAUGCAUUACUAUGAAACAAUAA